GAGAGGGAGCAAGGCGGAAUCGGUGUCAGGUUCUGUAUCCUAGGUAGUAAUUGUUUCUGCUCCAUAGUUGUGAGCCAAGCUGACCUGCUCUUCCGCUUUAAGGUAUUCUUAUAUUAUAUCGUCUUUUACAUUUCAAUCUCAUACCCAUCUUUGUGGGGCCUGCUGCAGCCCUGGUGUCUUGCAGAAUUUGCACUUGAAUUUUUUUGUUCCUGAAAAUGGACGAGAGGCAUUUGAAAAAAGAUGUCAUGGCACUUUUGUGAGUAAAUGCUACAGGAUAAACUUGUCAGCCAAUGCAUGUGUGUGGUAUAUAUUUUUUCGACAGUUCUGUUUGUUUUUGAACAGAAAUGAUUAUGUUGGACAGAGGCUCAGAGAGAAUGCCUUUGAUCCCAAGGGGAAGGGAACCUCUAUGCUGGAUGAUCUGGUAGGCCUACAACAAAGAAUAAAUGAACAGUAUGCUGUUGGAUCAUGAAGUUCAUUUCAUUUUAGAGCUAUUCAGAUUGUCCUUUAUCGAUAUUGAUUAGCAUUCAUGACUCUAAAUGGAGAUACACCAACUCCUGUUCCAUAGGGAAACCUUUAUGUGUGUGUAUGUGUGUGCGUGGGUGUGCACACUACAGGCUCAUUGUGACCUUGCCCUAAGAGUUGCCCUUUGGUGGUUAGACCGAGAUGAAGGCCAGGGCAUCCUGGACACAGACAUUAUUGGAGCAAAAAGCUUGUCAGGAAGUAACAAGUACCCUAGCCAUCUUGAACGGGAGGCUAUGAUCUUGUCCUCUUUUGCUGGGAUUGUCCUGAAUGCUCUUCCUGUGGAGGAGAUACUGGCUCUUUACAGCUGCAAACCGGCCGCCACUCACUCCAAGCACCAGUCAAAGAACUCCAUCGUGCAUCCAUUCACCCUGUCCUACCACCCCUUUGCCAUGCUCUGCUCCUACAAGGCCCUGGACCACUCCAAGAAGCACAGUCAGAAGCUGAAACGGUGGCUGCUUGAGAAGUCAAACGCUUCCAGUGGCCAAGCAGCCUUAGCGCAGCCUUCGUCCUCCGCCUCAUCCUCACGUUCUUUUCUAAGUGACAGCGAUGAGGUCCAAAAGAACAGAACAAAACACUAUGAGGGCUCACUAGAGUCCCUGAGGGAUUGAGCCUUUUGUUUAUCAAUCAAAUAUGAUUACUUUCUAAUAUCCCGUUGUCCAAAUAUGAAUAUGAUGUUUCUGCAUUAGUGAAGUAUUAUUGCUUACAAUUUAUGAAAACCCCAAAUUCAAAAUCUCAGAAAAUUUGAAUAUUGUGAAGAGGUUCCAUUUUGUAGGCUCAAAGUGUCACAUUCUAAUCAGCUAAUUAAUCCAAAACACCUAAAAAGAGUUCAAGCCUUUAAAUGGGCUAAGCCUGCUUCAGUAGGAUUCACAAUCAUGGGGAAGACUGCUGACCUGACAUUUGUGCAGAAAACCAUCAUUGAAACCCUCCACAAGGAGGGCAAGCCUCAGAAGGUAAUUGCAAAAGAAGUUGGAUGUUCGCAAAGUGCUGUAUGUGGAAGGGCAAAGUGUGGAAGAAAAAGGUGCACAAGCAGCAGGGAUGACCGCAACUUGGAGAGGAUUGUGUGUAAAAGGCCUUUCAAAAGUGUUGGAGAGCUUCACAAGGACUGGACUGAGGCUGGGGCGAGUGCAUCAAGAGCCACCACACACAGACAAAUCUAUGAAAUGGGCUUUAAAUGUCGUAUUCCUCUUGUCAAGCCGCUCCUGAACAAAAAACGUCCGAAGCGUCUUACCUGGGCUAAAGAAAAAAAUAACUGGUCUGUUGCUCAAUGGUCCAAAUUCCUCUUUUUCAGAUGAGAGCAAAUUAUACAUCUCAUUUGGAAACCAAAGUCCCAGAGUCUGGAGAAAGAUUGGAGUGGCACAGAAUGCAAGAUGCUUGAAGUCCAGUGUGAAGUUUCCACAGUCUGUGUUGGUUUGGGGAGCCAUGUCAUCUGCUGGUGUUGGUCCACUGUGCUUUUUCAAGACCAGAGUCAACGCAGCUGUCUAGCAGGACAUUUUAGAGCACUUCAUGCUUUCUUCAGCGGACCAUCUUUUUGGGGAUGCUGACUUCAUUUUCCAGCAGUACUUGGCACCUGCCCACACUGCCAAAACUACAAAAACCUGGUUCAAUGACCAUGAGAGUACUGUCCUUGACUGGCCAGCAAACUCGCCUGACCUGAACCCCAUAGAGAAUCUAUGGGGCAUUGCCAAGAGAAAGAUGAAAGACAUGAGACCGAACAAUGCCAAAGAGCUGAAGGCCGCUAUUGAAGCAUCCUGGUCAUCCAUGACACCUCAGCAGUGCCACAGGCUGAUAGCAUCCAUGCCACGCCGCAUUAAUGCAGUAAUUCAUACAAAAGGGGCCCAAACCAAGUACAUAUGCUGAUUAUACUUUUCAUAGGGCCAACAUUUCUUUAUUUUAAAUCCUUUUUUUAUUGAUUUCAUGUAAUAUUCUAAUUUUCUGAGAUUUUGAAUUUUGGGUUCUCAUAAGCUGUAAGCCAUAAUCUUCAAAAUUAUAACAAAUAAAUGCUUGGAAUAUCUCAGUUUGCAUGCAAUGAGUGCAUACCUAAUGUAUUAGUAUGACCUUUUAAGUUGAAUUACUGAAAUAAAUUUACUUUUGCACGAUAUUCUAAUUUUCUGAGUAUGACCUGUGUAUAUAUAUAUACUGUAUAUAGUCUGGCUCUGUUGCUGCUUCCCUGACUACUGAGACGGCAGUUUGGCAUUGUAAAUCAACAAACAGUAGGUGUAAGGGAAUUUAAGUGUGGCUGGAGACGAUGGGGACAUCAAGUCAAAACUAGGGGUAAAUACUAGUCAUAACCAGGGUUAGGAGCCGAAUCUGACAUGCAGUCCGGCGUGCGGCCCUGUGUACAUUUAGAUGGGUUUACUAACAACAUU